UUCUCAUACUCUGUAUUUAUUAGCAUGCGUAUAUGGAUCGGAAGUACACAUCACACAUCCCCUUACAACCAAGAAUAUCAGCAGAAAGGGCUUUCCAGGCAAUAAAUUGAAGUCCUGACAUUGCCUUAUGCUUGUCUCUCAGCUUAUUCCUAAACAGGAUAAUCCACCACAACAGUUUUACCCAAAAAGGUAAAAUAGUCAAUAACAGUUCGGUUGAUACAAUGUAAUGUCUGUACAUACUAAGCUUGUGAUAAUGGCGUCAUUAUGAACUUUUCCCUAGUUAGAAAUGAAAGAUACUACGUACUUACAGUCUUACAAAGUUACAAUAGAAGAAGACUCAGGAAGAUUUUUUACUACUAGGGGUGGGCAAGAAUCUUGAUCGCAUUGUCUCAUUCCGUUUGGGACAAUUUUGUCCCAAACCGGUCCUGUACAGUUUCAUUGUCUCGUUUGUAAUGAAUAUAUAGUUUUUAGCGCGUGAGUACUAGUUUGUAGUGCCAACUCAAAAACUAAGUAAUAGUAUGAUUUUCGGAAAUGUAUUUCUUCGUCUUUAUUUCAAAAGUAAUUUAUCUUCACAUAACAAUAUCAUAAAUUCUUAAGCAAUCCCCAACUCUUUAAAAGAUCAAAAAAUCAGAUUUUUUGAAUAAAACUCGGAUUUUCCAAAACAACCUGUAUUGACAACUUUUGCAAAAACCUUUGUCUAAUAGAGUUUGUUUGGUGGAAGAGCGGAAGAGCCUACGCUAUGUAGGGUUUUUGUGCCGCCAUAUGUGCGGAUCGUUUUUGUGGCAGAAGUUUUGCUCUGAUUUCUUCUUUAAUUCAGUUUUGUUCUCCUUUUGAUUACCCGGCAGUAGAAGAGAGCAAUAGUCGGGUGGGGUAGUUUCACCCUGCCGGUUGGAGCUUGGGGCCUGGGUCAUCUUCUCUUAAUGCUAAUAAUGUCAAUAGCGUUCAACGUAGUUGAAGGUCGUUGCAGAUCUGUGUCCGCUAGGAUUGCCAGGUUUGAUUUUCAUAUGCUUGUUCUGGCUGUUUUGGCCUUGUUGUCGGCUGGGACGAAUGUGCCAUCACCAGUGGUGGUUCCGAGUGGAUCAUUGGUGGUGUUUGAUCCAGGUGGAACACCGGAGAUUUGGCGAUUCAUGGAAGGGGCAAAUUUGAAAUCUAAUAAGGUGGUCGAGGGAUUGGCACACCUGAUUUGGUCGCCUCAGGUGGUGGAGGAAGAAGAUGACAUGAGGAAGCUUCGCCCCCCUCCUGAACCGCCGCCACGGAGGAAUUGCGCGAGUAGGGUUUGGAAGAAUGUUUCAUUAGUUAUUACUUGUUAUUUUCAGUCCAAUUUGGUUUUUCCUUUUCGUGUUUUGCUAUUUUACGUAGUUCUGUUUUUUAGUAAUCUCUUUAGUUUUAGGACUAAAAUAAGGAGGGACGAUUCUGCUAGAUAUUGUAUUGUUAUAAGGAUCGAUAUAGCCAGUGAGUACUGGAUACCCGUUUGGUGGUUAGCGAUUCGUAUCGCUCUUUCAAGGAUGGUCGUUUCUAUGUCUAGCCGUAGGUAGGGUUGUAAACGAAUCGAAUCGAGUCGAAUAAUGAGAUUUUGUAUUUGUAUUUGUUUAAUUUUUUCGAAUACGAAUUCGAAUUCAAAUAUGAAACGAAUAUUAAUUUCGA